AUGUUGAUUACAAGACUAUUCUUCCUGGUUGUUUUAUUAUCAGUCGCCAGUGCCAUAUUCUUUCUUCCUAAACCGUCUGGGUGUGGUUCGUGUGGUUCGUGUUGCAAGGGAAAGACACAAGUAAGUGUGACCGUGAAUGACAACCGAAAACCAGGAAGUAAACCUUCAUCAUCCUCAUCAUCCGGUGGUAAUCCUGCUACCACUACUCCUACUGCAGCAACAAAUGCGACAGCAGCAACAAACGCAACAACCACAGUAGCAACGCCAGCAGCAGCAGCAAACGCAACAGUAGCAACAGGAGCAACAAACGCAACAGCAUCCACAAACGCAACAGCAGCAACAGCAGCAACAAAUACAACAGCGUCCCGUCGGUUGGCACGUCGUCGUCGCAAUAGGCGUAACAGAAGAGCCGGUGUAGGGAAGAAAACAAGAAAUGGUCGACGAGUACGCGCAGGAAAACGCGCAGGAAAACGCGGAGGUAAACGCAGAGGAAAACGUGCAGGAAAACGCGCUGGAAAACGCUCAGGAAAACGUGCUAACGUCUUAACGCGAAAAAAUAAGGGCAACAAAGCCAAAAGGAGUAACAGAAGCAAAAACAGCAGGAGAAAGUCUGCUAAGAAAGCUGGACGCAGACAAUGA